CUUUGGUGCUCUCAGAAAGGUUUCUGCCGUCCCAAAGAGCAGAAGGAGAAAAUGAUGCAGUUCCAGGAGCUGGUGACCUUCAAGGAUGUGGCUGUGGUCUUCACGGAAGAGGAGCUGGGGCUGCUAGACUCUGCCCAGAGGCGGCUGUACCGGGAUGUGAUGCUGGAGACCUUCAGGAACCUUCUCUCACUAGGGAAUCAACCCUUCAAACCAGAGCUUAUAUUUCAAUUGGAAAGAGAAGAAAAGCUUUUGUUGAUGGAGACAGAAACCCAAAGAGAUGGGUGUUCAGGAACCAAGAACCAACAUAAUAUGGAGCCUGUUCAAGAAGUGGGAUUAAGCUACUUUUCCCCCAAAGAGCUUUCCUCUUGGCAGACCUGCCAGCAAGGUUCAGGCAGGUUGACCAAGUGUUCAGAUUCCAUGAAAUUUUUUCAACGGAUUGUUUCUCAGUUUCAAAAACAAGGUGAUUCUCCCUGCCAGGUAUGGGCAGGAGUGCCAACUCGAAUUUCUGAAGAUGAGAACUAUGUAAUGACUCAUAGAGGAACUGGUUCCAAUGAUAUCAGACAUCUAGAAUUUCCAUCUUGGAGAGCUCAGCAUUCUUGGAGGAAAAUGUGUCUGACAGAGUCACAUAAUUAUCAGUGUAGGUGUCAGCAGACUUCCCUGAAAACUAACACCUGUAAGUGUAACAGCAUCUGUUGGAUCUCGCAUCACAAUGAUAACCAGGGUGUACACAGAAUGGGACAGAACAACUGCCGUGACUGUGGUGAAGAUGUUACUCACUUGUCACUGCUUAAUCAAGACUUAAUUCAAACAAGGCAAAAGCCCUGCCCUUGUAAUGAGCACACAGGAGCCUUCAGAGAUGGCUCCAGCUCUGAAGUUCAGCAGUUGCACUUACAAGGGAACCUCCAGACAUGCAGUUUGUCCCAGCAAAAAAUAAACACUGAAGAGAAACAACACACAUAUUUGGAAUGUAGGAAGAGUUUCAUUUGUACUUCAGAUCUUAACAUCCAGCGCAGAGUUUGCCUGGGAGAGAAUCCUUACAAUUCCAAAGAGCAUGUAAAUGGCUUCAGUCUAGCCUCACAUUUUCAGGACCUUCACAUAGUCCACACUAAAGAACAACCAUACAAGCAUUAUGGUUGUGGUAACCUCUUCAGCCAAAAUUCAUAUCUUCAAGGCCAUCAGAAGAUUCACAUUGGACAGAAACCUUACAAGGAGUGUGGGAAGGGCUUCAUUUGGAGGACAAAACACAAAGAUCAUCAGAGAGUCCACACUGGGGAGAAGCCAUACAAAUGUGGUGUAUGUGGUAAAGGCUUCAGCCAUAGAUCAGUUCUUAAUGUUCAUCAGAGAGUCCACACAGGAGAGAAGCCAUACAAAUGUGAGGAGUGUGGGAAGGGAUUCAGUAGGAGCUCAUACCUUCAAGCCCAUCAGCGAGUCCACACUGGAGAAAAACCAUACAAAUGUGAGGAGUGUGGGAAAGGAUUUAGUCGCAAUUCAUACCUUCAAGGCCAUCAGAGGGUCCACACUGGAGAGAAACCCUACAAGUGUGAGGAGUGUGGGAAGGGCUUCAGUCGGAGUUCACACCUUCAAGGACAUCAGCGAGUCCACACUGGAGAAAAACCAUUCAAAUGUGAGGAGUGUGGGAAGGAAUUCAGUUGGAGCUUUAAUCUUCAAAUUCAUCAAAGAGUUCACACAGGAGAGAAACCCUAUAAGUGUGGAGAAUGUGGUAAGGGAUUCAGUAAGGCUUCAACUCUUUUGGCUCAUCAAAGAGUCCACACAGGAGAGAAGCCAUACCAUUGCGAUGAGUGCGGUAAGAGCUUCAGCCAGAGAUCAUACCUUCAAAGUCAUCAGAGUGUUCACACUGGAGAGAGACCGUAUAUAUGUGAGGUAUGUGGGAAGGGCUUCAGUCAGAGAGCAUAUCUUCAAGGUCACCAGAGAGUCCACACUAGAGUGAAACCAUAUAAAUGUGAGAUGUGUGGGAAGGGCUUUAGUCAGAGUUCCCGCCUUGAAGCACAUCGGAGGGUCCACACUGGAGGGAAACCAUACAAAUGUGAGGUGUGCACGAAGGGCUUCAGUGAGAGUUCACGCCUUCAAGCACAUCAGAAAGUCCAUACAGAAGGGAGACCCUAUAAAUGUGAAGAGUGUGGAAAGGGGUUCAGUGGGUUUUCAAGUCUAAGCCCAUCAUCGAGUCCACACUGGGGAAAAACCAUACAAGUGUGAGGUAUGUGGGAAGGGCUUCAGUCAGAGGUCAAACCUUCAAGCUCACCAGAGAGUUCACACAGGGGAGAAACCCUAUAAAUGU